AUUGAUAGAAUGAAAGGAAUGGAUAACAAUGGCUUCUCUGGAAAGGAUGAGGAAAGUUUUCCUGAAAAACGAAUUGAUAUCAGUACGUGCCAUCAUGAGAAGAAGAACACCUUCAGCUUUAGAACACUCUGGCUCUUUACAGGGCCUGGUUGGCUAAUGAGCAUAGCUUAUCUGGAUCCAGGAAACAUAGAAUCCGAUCUGCAAAGUGGAGUUGUGGCUGGUUACAAGCUUCUCUGGGUCACUUUCUGGGCUUCCUUUCUGGGCUUUCUCAUGCAACGACUUUCAUCAAGGUUGGGUGUUGUAACAGGGAAACACCUUGCCGAGCUUUGUUACGAAAACUUCCCUUCUGUUCCAAACUUCUUGUUGUGGAUAAUGGUAGAAAUUGCUGUAAUAGGCAGUGAUAUGCAGGAGGUCAUUGGAACAUCAAUAGCACUUUAUCUUCUCACAAAUGGAGCUCUACCUUUGUGGGCUGGCUGUAUAAUCACUCUGGUGGACACUUUCACCUUCCUCUUUCUGGACAGGUAUGGGCGAAGAAAGCUUGAGUUUUUCUUUUUCUUUUUAAUCCUGGUGAUGGGCGUAAGCUUUGGAAUAAACUAUGGAUACGAUCUACCAGACCAGAAGGACGUUAUUUUAGGUGCUGUUGUUCCUGGUUGCAAUGGAUGUAACGAAGCUUGGUUUCUUCAGGCUGUAGCCGCGGUUGGAGCAAUUAUAAUGCCUCAUAAUCUCUACCUUCAUUNUAUUUACCUACAUUCUGCAUUGGUUACUAUGCAUGACGUGGAUCGAAGCUGUACUAAAUGUAUAAAAUCUGCAAAUUUUUAUACUUCUAUCGAGUCUGCUUUAUCCAUCGGAGUUUCUUUUAUCAUAAAUCUGUUUGUGGUUUCCGUAUUUGGAAGUGUUCUUCAUCAAAAAUCUAACGCGGAUAUUCAAGAACUAUGCCUGGAGCGGGAUUGGCAUCCUGAGGUUUUUAACUGUAGUUUAUCUGAGAAUUCUUGCAUUGCGGAGGAAUAUGUGGAAGGAGAUUUAUACCGGGGUGGUAUAGCUCUUGGAUGUUCUUUUGGAGUUCUCUUCACAUACAUCUGGGGGGUAGGAAUACUUGCCAGUGGUCAAUCCAGUACUAUGACAGGAACAUACGCUGGUCAGUUUGCUAUGCAGGGAUUUCUUAAUCUUAACUGGAAGCAGUGGAAAAUUCUGGUUAUUACUAGGGUAGUUGCAAUGCUUCCGACGCUUUGUGUUGCUUGGUUCACAGAUAUGCAGACGAUGACGGGGUUAAAUGAUAUUCUAAACGCUGUAAUGUCAAUUCAACUUCCCUUUGCUAUAAUCCCAGCACUGUGCUUCAGCUGUAGCAGGGUUGUUAUGGGAGAAUUCAGAAACGGGUUUGUGCAGAAGGUCAUGAUUGGGUUACUCUCCGUGGUGGUCCUCACCAUCAACAUGGUCUUCGUCUUCCAAUACGUCAAGGAGUCCGUCCCCACACAGUUGAUUUACCUUCUUCCUAUUGUGGUUUAUUUCCUGCUGUACUUCCUGUUUAUCGUCUAUCUUGUUAUCUAUCUGUUUAUCUGCAUGGGUUUUGAGAGCCUUGCAAAGAUAUCUGUUUUCAGGCGAAUAUACAGUCUGGAGAAGUUCAUGGAGCCUCUAUUGGAAAAAUAGUUUAAGGUUAAAGGCCGCAACGCUUUCUGUUCAAAUGUACCAGUCAUGAAUGUGACCAUUGAGAGGAAUGGCAUGCUUGGCUGUCUGCUCCCCCCCCCCUUGGAGGAUCGCUACGAUGUUCAAAUUAUUCUGAUCUUAUUAACUCGUUGUUUUGGAAAAUAAGGUUUAUAUGGAUCAAGGAAUAAAUCAUUUUGUGAAUCAA